AUCCAGGCAUCACGGCGCAAAUAUGAAUACCCAUUGGCGCAAUGGACAUGAGACGUAGCGAGUUUUCGGGAAAUUUUUGGAGUGUUGACAGAUGUCUCCAGUAAGUCCAGGCAAGGCCACACAUGGUACAGAACUGCAAUUUGAGUCUAGGAAAAAGAAAACAAUCCAAAAUACUUCUGUAGAUCAGAACAUCAUUUUUUGUUAAGCAAUGAUGUCGGAAACCCAGUAACACGGUUACCAAAAUUAUCAAGAUAUUCGACGCCGAGCCAUCAUCUUUGCAUGCGUUUUGGUGCUCCGUUCUCCGCUUUUCAGCCUUCGCAGUCAAUUGGGUACCUCGCCAAUAUGGUCUUUGUUUUCAAUAAAUAGAACAGACUUCACGUCUUUCUCUCCCACCGUUCCUCUCGUAUCCCACAUGAGCAACGACGUGCCCACGGAUUCAUCUAGCCAUAUCACCCUUCCUCAUAGUCCCAUGGAUAUGGCAGCCCUCCCCUCCGACGCACACUCUGUUUCCACAGCUAAAGAAUUGGUGGACGAAAAGGCAGGUAAUCCGUGGGACGGCUAUGAGGACGACGAGAUGCCUGACAAGGUCCAGCCUCGUUUGGUGCGAAACGCGAGGCUCCAGGCAUUCUCGAUCUACCGUCGUCUAUUCUCAGUGGUGUUCAUUACCAACAUGGGGAUCUUCAUCUCGUACGCGAUCAGAGGAUACCAUUCCCAGAAGAUUGCCUUGGUCACCGUCGCGAAUAUAUUCAUUGCUAUUCUCAUGAGGCAGGAACUCGUAAUCAACACUCUCUUCCUUAUCUUUUGCUCGGUCCCAAAGUCCUGGCCUUUCUUCAUCCGUAAAACCGCUGCGAGAGUGUAUCACCUUGGAGGCAUACAUUCGGGUGCUGCAUCCUCGGCGGUAGUAUGGCUCAUUCUCCUCGCCGUACAAGCUACACGAGAGCGUGUUAACAACAGAGGGACAUCCACGGCGACCGUAGUGCUUACCUACAUCAUCAUGUUCUUCUUGGUCGGCAUUGUUCUAUUUGCGUACCCGGCAUUCCGAAUCAAGCGCCAUGACGCAUUUGAACGUGUACACCGUUUCCUGGGCUGGACGGCAACUGCACUCGUUUGGGCACAGGUCGUCUUGUUGACCAAUGAUUACAAAGGCGACAAGUCGUUGGGUCCGGUCCUUGUGCACUCGGCCGCCUUUUGGUUGAUGAUCAUUCUGAGCUUGUCCCUCAUCCUCCCAUGGACGAAACUACGCAAGGUUCCCGUUCGCAGUGCUGUUCUCUCUAGUCACGCCGUUCAACUGUUCGUUGACUAUGGCCCGCAUCCCGUCCCUGGCUCUUUUCAGAGAUUCUCCACUGAUCCCUUGAAUGAAUGGCAUAGCUUUGCCACCAUUGCCAUCCCGGGACAGUCAGGUUUCUCCAUCAUUAUAUCCCAAGCCGGCGAUUGGACUACAGAGAUGAUCACCAAUCCUCCCAAGGAGAUCUACGUCCGGGGUAUGCCCACUUGUGGUGCCUUACGGAUUAUUCCUUUAUUCAAAAGGGUGUUGUUUGUGGCCACUGGAAGCGGCAUUGCUCCCUUCACGCCUCAUAUCAUGAGUGGGAAAGUGGACCACAAACUUUUCUGGAUGGCGCCGAACACGCGUGCUACCUUCGGCGAUCCAUUGGUGAACAUGAUUCUGGAGAACAGCCCAGGUGCUGUUGUAUAUGAUACUCGAAAGCAUGGCAAACCUAACAUCACCAAGCUCACAAAUCGAUUUGUGGAUGAAUUCAAGCCGGAAUGUGUCUGUGUCAUCUCGAACCAGAAACUGACGGAGAAAGUCAUCUAUGGUCUCCGCAGUAGGGGUAUACUCGCUUUUGGAGCCAUCUUCGACUCUUAAAUAGCACGGAUUGCCAAAGACCCUACAGUUAUCCGACUCUUUGAAGUUAUUUAUUAUAUCUUUUGGGAUGUUCGCGUACUGGUAUGACGACACUUGGUGUUUUGUAGACCAUGAAUUAUGUAUGCUUGUAGAAACGGUCUUAUAACAUUUAUUCUAUUUUCUUCGAAAC